AGCGCCGCAGCCGGGCGAGGCCUCGAGGGCCGCCUCCGGCUCGCCCCGGCGUCUCGUUGGCCCGCGGGGCUCCCCCCGGCUCUCCCCCUGCUCCGGAGGUCGGGCUGGGGCUGGUCCUGGUCCUUCUGGAGGAGGCGGAGGAGAGGCUGCGGGAGGAGCAGGACCAGAUUUUAGACACUAAAAUAAUUUUGAAAUGGACCGAUAUGAAGAUGUGUCAGAGGGUGAAGUGGACCAUUCAUUCUUUGAUAGUGAUUUUGAAGAAGCACCAAAGAAAGGUGAAGAAAAUAGCGAGCUCAUAGGAAAAGUAGGUACACGUGUAGCAUCAUCAGACUUGUCAUCAGAAACCAAAUCAAGAGAAGACUCCUGUCCUAAUGAGGAAAGUGAAGAGAAACAGAGAGCUUUGCUAAAGGAGCAGUGCGUAGAUGGCAACACUGUCCAUCCUGGGAAUGCUUCUUCAUUGUCCCUUUCUCCUGAUUCAGAGAAUGCAGGUACCUCUGGGAGAACAAGUAGAAUACAGGAAAAUGUUCCAGCUGGAAUCCCCAAAAUAGUUAAAGAAGGUGAAGAAGACUAUUACACAGAUGAAGAGGAUAGUAGUGAUGAUGGCAAAAAACAAAGGGUUAGACCUAAGUCAGCAAAGCAGUCUAGCGGCAUAAAGAAAGUUAACAAAAAAUAUACCAAUAUCAGCUCCUCUUCCUCCUCCUCUUCCUCUUCUUCCUCCUCCUCCUCCUCCUCAAGUUCAGAUACAGAUUGUUCGGAUACAGAUUCUGACAGCUGCAUAUCGGAUUCAUCCCACUCCUCUUCAAAGAGAAAUACGUGUACCUUGGCUCUUCUGUCUCCACGGCAAAAGUUCAGAUCAGGAAUAAAAUCAGUGGGAUUAAAACCGAAGCUUGGUGACUACACGGAGGAGUCUGAAGAUACAGUGACUGACGUUACUCCUCUGUCAACACCAGACAUCAGUCCUAUCCAGUCUUUUGAACUCGCAGCAUCAAAUGACAAGAAACUGAAAAUAAAACGACAGGAAAAUGUGAGCCAAGAACUAUAUGAUUCCGAGAUUGAUCGCAGAUAUAAUCGAAAGGUUUUGCAUGAUGCUAUGGACUUGAAUCAGCUUUUGAAAGCUUUUCUACACUUGGAGAAGAAAGAGCAGCAAAAGAUGGUCAUUGAUCCACCAUCUAAAGGGUCAAGAAAAAAUUACUCUUUCACAAAUGAGGAAGUAAGACAAAUUGAUCGGGAAAACCAAAGGCUCUUAAAAGAACUGUCCAGACAGUCUGUAAAGCCAAGGAGCAAAAGUGCCACAAUGAAGAAGUCUACUCUCCCACCUCCUAAGUUAUACCACAGUGCCCUCAACAGGCAAAAGGAACAGCAGAGGAUUGAAAGAGAGAAUCUGGCUCUUCUGAAGAGACUGGAAGCUGUGAAACCAACAGUGGGUAUGAAACGUUCAGAGCAGCUGAUGGACUAUCAGCGCCAGAUGAAUUAUCUAAGUUCUUCACCAUCUGCAAGACGAGGAAAGUCUGCAUUGAGCCAGCUUAGCCCUUCAAGAGGAACUUCCAGAGCAUCCAGUGUACCCAGUGCCAUCAGUCGUAGGAGUGAGAGACCAGUUUCUGAUUCAUCCAGUGGGGCAUUACAGAGACCUAAGCCCACUAACGUUCGUGCUGCUUGGUUAUGAAUUAUUUCUACUUAGCCUAACAUUCUUAUUUGAUCAGCAGAUUUCGAUUUCUAAUGCUUUUGUAAAUUCUUUGUGCCAGAAUAUUGUAAUCUGCAUCAUUUGGUGAUUAAAGUGCACUGCAGUAUGAUGUAAUUUCUUGUAAAUUUGGUUUUAAAUGGAAAAUUUAUUUCUAAUCAGUGUUUUCCGAAAAGACUAUAUUUAUAAAAGAGAGGCAUUUAACAGACAACUAGAAAUUGCACAAACCUUUAUUUUAUUCUCAAAGCACAAAAGAAGUUCAUAUGUGAUGCUAGAAUGAUAUAGUUGCUGCACCUGGGACCCAAGAUGUAAAACAAAAAUCCAGUUGUUUUUGUUUUAAUUUUUCAAUUGCAAUAAACUGUCAAGCAUGUGCUUAACUCCUGAAUUGUCCUAAUUGUUCAUUCUUAUUUAAAGUUAGCUUUCAGAACUUGUAGGUCACGUAAUGGUAGAUCAGAAAUGCUCCUUUUUAUUGCUGUCUCCAGGACAGCUUCUGAUAAAGUAAAUGUGUAAGUUCCUUUUUUCUCCAUUGAUGUGAAUAGAGUUUAUAAUUCAGAGAGGUGGAGACAAGACUCUUUGUAACAGCAGAAGUCUUCAUGGUUAACUAGCAGUCGCACCACUUCUUUCAUGUGGCAGUGUUAAAAUAUUGAAGGUGCUGGGUUUAUUUUCUGAUACUAUUGCAGAUCCCUCUUGCUCUGUAUCAAAUAGCAUUCAUUCAGGGUUGGAAGUGAAACUUUUCCAUAACUUAAAGGAAGUUUAUUAGAUUUCGGGGAAAGGAAGGACCUGAUGUAUUGGAUGGAAUUAUAUGUUGGGUAGGAGAACAAAUUUCAAGUACAAUGCAGUUGAAACCUCUUAGCUUCAGUGUGUCAAUGCCCUGAUGCUAUGUUGCUCCUAGGUGGCUGUUGCUCCUAUAGUGAGAGUCAUCUGAAUAUGUGGUAGAUAAGAGCCCCUGGGAAGUGUCUGUUGCUUUCAUCGGGUACUGCUGCAAAGGGGUGUCUGCUGGACUGGUAUAAACUGUUCCCCAACCUGGGUAUUGGACAGCAUCAGGGCCUUGAUUGGUACUAUUUGCAAGCCUCUGCAUAUUCCUGUUAGUGGGUAUAACUAACAGGAGCUACAGGAGAUAGUUAAUGAGAAUAACAUCUCAUUUUUAAGUGCAACUGCCACCUAGGAUUAGAAAAGAGGGCUAAGUAGAACCUUGGGGAUGAAUCUGAAGUUUUGCUCAUGCAUGUAUCCAAUGUAAAGCUUUCAUGGAAGUACUAGUAGAAUGCAGUAUGUGAUGUAGUUUAUUUCCAUAGCUAAAGGCAAAACUUUCACCAAGCUUUUUUUAAUUGCUGGCUGCAGGAGUUUUUCAUUAACAGCAUGAAUUAUUAUAUGACUGUCCAUAGUUACUACUAUACUUCCGCUUGCUCUCCCCACUCCUUCCUGUGGAAAUACUGGGAGUCCUUUUGUGUUAAACAUGAAGAAAAAAAAGCUUUGUUAAAUAAUGUUGAGACCUAGACCUACAAGAAUCAAGCUCAUUUUUCUCCCCUGUGCUUGUCAAAGGGGCAUGAAGUUCUUAAUAUUUAAUAUUGUUGUAACUUGAUACAAAACAUCAUGCAUUGUCAUGGUCCUCUCUGAUAACUUGAUGAAUUGUACAGGCUAAAGAAGCUGACUUUUGUGAAUUAAAUUUAGAUCCUUGACAGUAUUUUAAUUCCAUUUUUUAAACUUUUAAGAGUUGUGUGGCAAACAGCUGUCAAUGAAAUACUAUUGUUCUUUUAUUGAAACUGUAAUGUAUUUUUUGUAUAGUGCUGCUGUAAUUUGUACUAAUGUGAUGAUUAAAAGUAUUCACCAUUUAAA